GAGGCCGAAGCGCACGGACCCGUCCUUUCCCGGUCCUCUCCCGGUGUUUUCCCGGUCUUAUCCCGGUCUUCUCCCGGUCCUUCCCUCACACGCCGUUAUCUGGCUCUGCAGGAGCCGCCAUGGGCGCCCGCCGGGCCCGCUACCUGGUUUUCUUCCAGUACCUGGGGACGGACUUCCGUGGCGUGAUGGCCAUUAAACCUCCUCAGGCAGGGUCUGGGGUCCAGAACCACCUAGAGCGGGCGGCCGAACGGCUGGGCAGCGAGGAGCCCGUCGGUUUCACCAUCUCCAGCCGUACAGACAGCGGGGCCCACGCCCUCUGCAACUCAGCUCACAUAGAUGUCUGCCGCCCGGAGGGUCGCGAACCCCACGCCCCCGACCUCCUCACUCGGCUCCUCAACCACCACCUGGAGCACCCGGCCAUCAGGGUGCUCCGGACCGUCCGCGUGGCCGACGACUUCCACGCCCGUUUCUCGGCCACGUCCCGGCGCUACGUUUACCGGCUGGUCUCCGGCUGCUCCCACCCGCGGCAGCUCCCGGUGUGGGAGCGGAAGCUCUGCUGGGUCACCAGGGCCACGCAGCUGGACGUCGCGGCCAUGCGGGAGGCCGCCGGCCACUUGGUGGGGACCCACGACUUCAGCGCCUUCCGCUCGACCAGCGGCUGUGACGCCUGGAGAAACCCGGUGAAGACCCUGGUGCGGGCCACGGUGGCCCCGGGCCCCCCAGGCCCCCUCGCCCGACACAGCGACUGCAGUAGGCUGCAGUUCUGGGAGCUGGAGUUUGAGAGCCGAUCCUUUCUGUACAAGCAGGUGCGGAGGAUGACGGGAGCCUUGGUGUCUGUGGGCCAGGGGCUGCUCCACCCCCAGCAGGUGCAGGAAAUGCUGGCCAGCGGGGCCCCGCCGUCCCAGCCCUACAUCAGGAUUGUGCCGGCCUGGGGGCUGUUCCUCAAGUCGGUCGGGUACCAGGGCCUGGGCGAGGCCCCACCCCUUCCAGACCCCGUCCUGGACAUCCAGCCUUCCAUGGAUGGGGAGAGUGACGCGGGCCCGGCCCCGUCGUGAGAGAGCCGGAGCGGGAUCCCUGUGCCACUGCCGACAGAGCCCCAAGUCUGGUUGCUGUGACUCCACGUAGGGAUCGGGACGUAGCAGCCGCUCUGCCGGCCGACACCCGCCCUCCUAUGCCGGUCAGCUUGGAGUUCUGCAACCUGCUUUAGACGUUCACUCGGCCAGGUUGGGAUCUGGGGCGCCGGGGCUAAAGGGCAGGGCCGCCGGGAGGGAAGCAGCCCUGGCCGGCUGGCACCCCACAGACCGGGGAGAGGUCUCGAUUGGGUGCCCCCAAGCCGCCUGCUGCCCUGCAGCUAAGGUGGGAAAGGAGGAAUGUGGGUAAUAAAAGUACCUAUGAUUCCU